UGGCGCUUUGUGAACCUUUAGACUCACUCUUCAUCCUUUUAAACCCAAACGAGGACGAGCAGAGCCAAACAACCACCGUCACUGCUGCUGCUUGUAACUUCCAUAGCUGUGCGCUCCUGGAGGAAAUGGGUCAACAACCGUCUCAAGAGAUGCAAGAGGCGUUGCUUGAACGCAUUUGUAAUGUCUAUGUCAAAGCGUUGCAGUUGGAUGAUUUUAGAAUUGACAGCUCCCUGGAGAGAUUCUCUGGGCUCAACUCAGCUCAAGAGCUGAACAGGUACAGAGACCAGGUGUUGUACAGUGAUGGACUCAGCCAGGCUGCAUCUGUUGUGGAGAAGGUGGGCUCUGCCCUAGGUGGGCUCAGCUCGGUGCCUCAUGCUGUCGGACUGGGGGCUCUUAUCAUUUCCUUGGCCUUAGAUGUGGUUGCCAAAAGCCUAAAGAAAGAAACACUGGGCACAGCUGAAAUGAUAGAGAGGGUGUUUGCACAGGAGAAGGCCAGGGAGGUCCGAGACCUGAUGCACGAGUAUUUGAAGCAAAUGCAGAUCAACCUGAGGAACCCACAGCUGCAGCUCUCUGAGACCCGUCAAAGAGAGAUCGCUCUUAGUGCCCAACUCACACGGCUGAAGAACUCCAUGUUGAACGACGGACAGAUGGACAUUCAGUUUCUGACGCAGUGGGUGAAUGGAGCUGCCUUCCACACCCAGAUGCUGAUCCAUCAGGCUCGUCUGGAGAGGAGAGAACAACGUGAUGGAUCCAGAGCAAUGCGGGCAGCAGGGAUUUAUCAGCACGACCUCAACCUUCUUGUGAACCACUUGAUGAACUUGAUAAUCGAAAAUGACAAUAGUGAAUUGUAUUUUAAACUUGAUGAGAUUCUGCGUUCCAGACCUCAGAUUAGAUGGACACAAGAUUAUUUUUCAAAACUGCAAUCAAAUAUUCCAUCGCUUGUGAGGCAAAAUGCUGACUUUUAUAUCCGAACCCGACUUUGAUAGUCAGUGUUUAUGAAGCCAUAUGUAAGAAAACUAUGGGGUAAAAUGGAAAAAAAAAACAAAAAAAAAACAGAAUCCUCAGCCUGGAAGUGCAUGUUCACUAUCUUGUAAUUAAAUAAAAAUUAAAUCCAUCUAGAAUUUGUAAGCUAGAUUAACAAUUUAUGUAGUGCAUAGCAAGGAAUGAAAAGCAUGUCUAGUUCCACAUUUCUUCAAUUUUUGGGGUGAAAAGUUUGGAAAUUGUGACCCUAUAAAAAUAAAACAUUAACUGUGCAUAAGUUCUGAAAA